AUGCGUGGGACAUUUGAGGCAACGCAUAACCGAUCGCUCGCGGCUUCCUGUCAACUGACAUCGGAGCUUGCUGACGCUUCGUCAGGAAUAGCCAUGAAUUCCUCAAAUGGAUAUACAGCGCCUGAUUCACAGCAUGCCAAGCCGAUGUCCUGGUCACUUGGUGGCCAUUAUGGCCCAAUUGGACGCUACCUCCUCUGCGCCACCAUAUUCAUCUGUUUAGCUAUAGCCGGUGUUGGAGUUGGACUGGGUGUUUACAUACAUAAUGUUUCCGAUAAAUUGUCGUCAGACUGCCCAACUGUUUCAUCACCUGUCCAAUCAACUGUCCCAACAACUACACCAUCAUCUACCGCGUCACCAUCGAUAGAAGGGUCCUACAGAUAUGGAGCUGUGGCUUCUGAUGCAGGAAUUUGUUCUACUAUUGGAACAAAUAUCAUGGCCCGGCAAGGUGGCUCUGCUGUAGAUGCUGCCAUUGCCGCACUUUUGUGUCAGUGUGUACAGAACCUGCAUAGUUGUGGUAUAGGUGGAGGGCACUUCAUGACCGUAUACAACAGAGAAAACAACACUGCAUACACCAUUAACGCCCGAGAAAUGGCGCCAAGAGCAGCUUCCGAGAACAUGUAUGUAAAACAAUCGUCAGUAGAAGGUGGUAUAGCUGUUGGAAUACCAGGUGAAAUCAAGGGGCUGCAUACUGCAUGGAAGCUUGGUGGCAAAUUACCAUGGAAAACGUUAUUCCAGCCUACUAUACGUCUGCUUCGAGACGGAAUGCCGGUUAACAGUGCUCUUGCUUCCGCUAUCGAAAGGAAUGCCGCCUUCUACCCACGAUACGAUAACCUGAGGAGAUUACUUACAAAUCCCACAACAGGGUUCUACUUCAAAGAAGGGGAAAUAAUGAAAUGGCCAGCUCUUGCAAACACAUUUACAACAAUAGCUGAAGAAGGUCCGGACGCUUUCUACAAUGGUAGCCUUAGCCGGGACAUCGUACAGGACAUUAGGGAUGCAGGAGGCAUAAUAACCGAACAGGACCUACAGGACUACACGGCGUUGGUUAGAGAUCCUCUCGUCAUCAGCCUUAACGACAAUUCAUCUGUUUUCUCCCCACCACCACCCUCCAGUGGCGCUGUCUACGAAAUGAUUUUAAACAUACUUGACGAGUUUAGAAUGAGCAGUGACAGUAUAUCUACACCACAGAAGGAAGUACUUGCUUGGCAUAGGAUCGUAGAAGCAUUCAAGUUUGCCUACGCCAAAAGGUCUAGCCUUGGUGAUGGAGACGGUGAAGAUGAUGCCUUCCGAGCUAAUCUCAAUGAGCUGCUCAGCAACAUGACGUCAAAGAGCUAUGCGGCCUACAUACGAUCGCAGAUCACGGACGAUAGAACUCACGACACAAUGUAUUACGGCCCUACAUUUUAUGACGCUAUAACGACAAGCACUGCCCAUUUAUCUGUUCUGGCCCCUAACGGGGACGCAGUGUCUGUCACAAGCACUAUAAACUUACAUUUUGGCUCCAAAGUUUUGGGAUCAAGAACAGGAAUUAUAUUUAAUGAUGAAAUGGACGACUUCUCUACUCCAAACACCACAAAUUCUUUUGGUGUCCCUUCUUCUGAAGCUAACUUCAUAAAGCCAUUAAAGCGUCCCUUGUCCUCAAUGUGUCCAAGCAUAAUCACAGAUAGCAAUGGAGUUGUUCGACUUGUUGUUGGCGCUUCCGGUGGAACGAAAAUAACUACGUCAACGGCGAUGGUGACGGUGGAGACCCUAAUGUUCGGUAUGGGUAUCAAGGAAGCCAUUGAUCAUCGGCGCAUCCAUCAUCAGCUGCUGCCGAAGGAAAUAAUGGUAGAGGAGGGGUUUCCAGAGGAAAUUUUGGCUGGACUUCGCAGUAAGGGACACAAGGUCAGCGUCACCAGCAGUGCAGGGUCAGUGGUACAGGGAAUAUUACAACGGGAGGAAGGCCAGAUUACCGCUAAUUGUGACUUCCGUAAAGCAGGGUAUCCAGAUGGCUACUAA